ACAGCGAGGUUGCCGCAUCCCUCGUCUGUUUCGCUAACUUUUUUACAUUUCAGGGUCGUUUUUAAGCUUCGAAAUAUGUCGAAUAAAGUUGUUAAACGUCCAGGGGUUGGCGUGGGGGUUUUGGUUACAGACACAGCCCACCCAGGCUGUGUUCUCCUGGGUAAAAGGAAAAGUAUAAUGGGCAGAGGGACAUAUCAGCUCCCCGGUGGCCACUUGGAGUUUGGAGAGACGUGGGAGGAGUGCGCUCACAGAGAGGUGCUGGAGGAAGCAGGGGUGUGUUUGGUGAACGUCCGCUUUGCAUCAGUGGUGAACUCCAUCAAACUGGAGGAGCAGUACCACUACAUCACCAUUAUCAUGCAAGGAGAACUGGACCGGGAGCAGUCUGGGGAGCCCGAGAACCUGGAGCCCGAGAAGAAUGAGGGUUGGACGUGGACACGGUGGGACCAGUUUCCUCCUCAGGAGCUGCUCUUUUUACCGCUGGCUGGGCUGAGACAACAAGGCUUCCAGCCUUUUAGUAACAAAGUAAUAAACACUGAAACUCAACACUGACACACUGAGAAUAUUCUUUCUCAGGGAUAAAAUGGACACACCUCCUUAAAACCUGUGGAUUGUUGACAUGUUUGCCUUUUCCUCUAUCACCACGUUGUUUUUGGUAAUGUUACACACUGGAGUCAUUAAAUGUGUGUACAGUU